CCAUCACUAGCUGUGUGGGCGUGGACUGUAGGUGGCGGCGGCGAUGGCAGCAAGGAGGUCUUGCGAUUUUCCACCCGCUGGCAUUUAUUAAAGCUGCACAACUUGUGGACCGCCUUAGCAGAACAUACGGAAAGUAAGGUGUAUUUCAAACAAUGGAGCUGGUGUGGAAAUGCUCCUUAUUCUUGAUUUUGUUCACGAGCGGACUGCUGGCCCAAUUUGAAGACAUACCAGGUGACUUCUGCGGAGGACGCAAUCAGCGCUGCUGCGAUGGACGCAUCGACUCGUGCGCAGUCCCGAUACUAGGAACGCUUUGCUAUUGCGAUCAGUUCUGCAAUCGCACGGAUUCCAGCGAUUGUUGCCCAGAUUAUUGGAACGUCUGUCUUGGCAUCCGACCUCCAGAGCCGCUCAAGUUGCAACUCGGAUGCUAUCACGAAGGUCAAAGAUAUCCUUAUGGCCACACAGUGCAAAUCAAUUGCAACAAGUGUGAGUGCCUUCGGUCGCUAUCAGAUUCAAGCAAAACUGAGUUCCUUUGCGAGGCGGACGCGUGCCUUGUAGAGCCAGAAGCAAUCCAAGCGAUCAACGGGAAUUCGGCGGAAUUUGGCUGGUCAGCCAGCAAUCAUUCCGAUUUUUGGGGGCGUAAGCUGGAAGAUGGGCUUGUGUACCGUCUCGGAACACUCGAACCUGAAAAAUUUGUGCUGAACAUGAAUCCCAUCAAGCAAAAAUAUGACCGGAAAGCUCUUCCUGCGAGUUUCGACGGGCGGAUCGAGUGGCGCGAUACCCUCCAAGACGUGCGCGACCAAGGAUGGUGUGGAGCGUCUUGGGUCUUUUCGACAUCCGCCGUGGCUGCCGAUCGUCUAGCUAUACAGUCGCGGGGCACUGAAGUGUACCCGCUUUCCAUGCAAAACCUAUUGGCGUGCAACAAUAGAGGCCAGCAAGGUUGCAACGGUGGCCAUCUUGACCGUGCCUGGAAUUACAUGAGACGUUUUGGGGUUGUGAACGAAGAGUGUUACCCUUACAUCAGCGGUCGCACCGGCCAGGUGGAAAAAUGUAAAGUCCCACGUCGAGGAAAUCUAGCGACUAUGAAGUGUCGACUGAUCAAUGCUGCCGCUAGAUCAUCGCAAGAAACCGAUAAGCCACAACGUAAAGGGUUAUUCCGUACGCCCCCGGCUUACCGUAUAGCUCCAUUCGAAGACGAUAUCAUGAAUGAAAUACUUCAGCACGGACCCGUUCAAGCUACCAUGAGAGUCCAUCCUGAUUUCUUCCUAUAUCGUACUGGUGUAUACCGCUAUUCCGGCACCAACAGUCAGCAGCGAACCGGUUAUCAUUCUGUGCGCAUCGUGGGUUGGGGAGUAGAUUCAUCUAAACGAAUUCCUGUUAAAUACUGGUUGGUGGCUAAUUCGUGGGGACGUCAGUGGGGUGAACAAGGAUACUUCCGCAUCGUGCGCGGAGAAAACGAAAGUGACAUCGAAAAGUUUGUCUUGGCUGCUUGGGCAGAUCAAGAGGAUGAAGAUAAAUAAUUCAAUAAGCAAGAAAUAAUAUUUUGUUGUUUCUACGAUGAUUUCCUGUUGAUUUUUCUAUGCAUCUCUGGUGCUGUGUUCAUUUCUUGGUAAUCCUUUUUUAAAUUUUUUGUCCAUGAAUUCGAUUUUGGGAUUUAGUACCAUAUUCACAAUUGCCUUGCCGCUUAAAAAUAACAAAUCGUUCAAACAACCAGUAA